UUUAGUGACACGUAAUAUGUCGGUGUCCAUUUAAUCUUAUUUGUAUGUCCAAAAUCUUUCUUCAUUAAAAUGAAGAUUUCAAUAAUUUUAACGAUUACAAUUUAUUUCUGUUGUGUCUCAGCAGUACAAGAGACCUUGGUUCUAGUUGAUAAUUUAAAUAUAAGGGAAACACAUUCACAAUUUUUCAAAUCAUUGCAAGAUCGUGGAUAUAGUCUUACAUAUAAAUUGGCUGAUGAUGCUAGUAUCGUACUAUCGAAGUAUGGAGAGUACUUGUACAAAAAUUUAAUAAUAUUCUCGCCGUCCGUCGUCGAGUUUGGUGGACAAUUAGAUACCGAAGCCAUUACCAAGUUCAUAGAUGAUGGUGGUAACCUGCUCAUGGCCGGCAACGCUGCCGCCGGGGAUAUCUAUAGAGAAAUUGCUUCCGAGUGUGGUUUUGAGAUGGAUGAAGAAUCAGCCGCAGUGAUUGAUCACUUCAACUAUGAUGUCACUGAUGAAAGUGAUCAUACCAGGAUUGUCGUAUCUCCCAAGAAUCUGAUUAGUGCACCAACAAUUGUAGGAGUUCAGAAUACUCAACCCCUACUGUUUGAAGGGACUGGACUGAUCUUAGACAAAGAUAAUAGUUUGGUGCUCCCAAUAUUGAUUGCUGAUAGUACUGCAUACAGUUACAAUCCUAAGAGUCAGGUGAAGGAGUACCCUCAUGCAGUCGGCCGCAAGACAGUUCUCAUUGCAGCUCUGCAGGCCAGAAACAAUGCCCGCAUUGUGUUCAGUGGGUCACUGUACUUCUUCUCUGAUGAAGCAUUCAAUUCACCUGUCUCCAAAGUGCAUGGUGACAAAGUGAAGUCCGAUGUGUCAGGGAAUAAGGCUUUAUCAGUGCACUUGAGCCAGUGGGUGUUUGGUGAGCGCGGCCGCCUGCGUGUGCGCAGUGUGCAGCACAACAGACAAGGCGAGAAGGAGUCCUCCAACACAUACACCAUCACAGACACCGUUGUAUACAGAAUUGAGAUUGAAGAACUGAGGAGUGACAAAUGGCAACCAUUCCAAGCUGAUGAUGUGCAGCUGGAAUUUGUCCGUAUCGAUCCCUUCGUACGUACCACACUGAAGAACAAAGGCAAUGGAGUGUAUGAAGCUGUCUUUAAGAUCCCAGAUAUCUGGGGAGUUUAUCAGUUCAAAGUGGACUACGACAGAGUGGGUUACACAAGACUGUACCAUUCCACACAGGUGUCAGUGCGACCCUUGCAGCAUACACAGUACGAGCGGUUCAUCCCCAGUGCGUACCCUUACUACGUGAGCGCAUUCUCCAUGAUGGUCGGCGUGUUUCUCUUCUCCUUCGUCUUCCUUUACUACAAGGAGGACACAACUAAAUCUAAGAGUGAUUAAAUAAUUUUAUUUAAUCCAAUUUUUUAUGUCACUAAAGUAAUUAGAAGGUUAUUGUUGUGAAUGGCAUAAAUAUGUGUGUGCGACUGUAUUAUUAAUCAAAUUAUGGUUUUUAAUUUCGUGGUAAUAAAGAUUUUUUCCUUA